ACUCCUCCUUUCAGGCACCGGGGACAGCAGCGGUCACAUGACUCCGGUAGCCGGAAGUGACGUCUGGACCGGCCCGGAGCAGCAGAGAUGGAGCUGAGUGAGCUGCUGUAUAACAAGUCCGAGUACAUAGAGACUGCUUCCGGAAACAAAGUGAGCCGACAGUCCGUACUCUGCGGCAGCCAGAAUAUCGUGCUGAAUGGCAAGACAAUAGUCAUGAAUGACUGUAUUAUCAGGGGGGACCUGGCAAAUGUUCGUGUCGGGAGACACUGCGUCAUCAAAAGCCGAAGUGUGAUUAGGCCGCCAUUUAAGAAAUUCAGCAAAGGGGUGGCUUUUUUCCCCUUGCAUAUCGGAGACCACGUCUUCAUAGAAGAAGACUGUGUUGUCAACGCAGCACAGAUAGGGUCAUAUGUACACAUAGGGAAGAACUGCGUUAUUGGCCGAAGGUGCGUUCUAAAGGAUUGUUGCAAGAUUUUGGACAAUACCGUUUUGCCCCCUGAAACAGUGGUCCCUCCAUUCACCGUAUUUUCCGGAUGCCCUGGCCUGUUCUCUGGAGAGCUGCCAGAAUGCACACAGGAACUCAUGAUUGAUGUCACCAAGAGUUACUACCAGAAGUUCCUGCCGCUGACGCAGAUAUAGAUGCAGACGCCACUCUCUCUCCCUCAGCUUUUUUUUUUUGUUUGUUUGUUUGUUUUUUUGUUCUAUAUGUAUAUAUUAACAUUUAUCCUGCAUUCAACUGGUCUAAACCACUCCUUCAACACUAUAUAUUUAUUAAAAUCCCCUCUAUAUUCUCUCCUACUCCAUGGCAGCGUUUAUGUGGGCCACGACGAGAUCCAAUAUUGUCCUAACCAUUCCGUUGAAGCCUUCGGUUUGCAAUGCCCCAAUGACCUUGCAUUGCACUAGAUUAGCACUUGUCAGUAAAAUAAAUAUUUGCUUUACA